UAUGCCUCAGUGUGUGACAAAUAAGAGGGAAAAGGUAGCGGUGAGGCACACAACAAAGCGCCCCACUGACUGACGCAUAUAGAGUGCAGGGAGCUAGAGAAGCAGUCCACUCCCAGGGAUGACAACACGGAACAGGAUCUACUUUCAGUUCACUCUGUCUUUAAAUUGAAAGUUUUGCGCGUCGCCGAGGAAAGGACACCUGCUUUCAAGUUUCCACCAAAUAAAAGUGCUUUCCUGCAAAAUGCAGAGACCUGGUGGCCAAGGGACGGCGUUUUCAAUCGAUUCCCUGAUAGGGACCCCUCAGCCCAGACCGGGACACCUGCUCUACACGGGCUAUCCUAUGUUCAUGCCAUACAGACCGUUGGUAAUUCCACAAGCUUUAUCCCACUCGCCUUUAUCGUCUGGUAUACCUCCACUUGCGCCUUUGGCAUCUUUUGCGGGACGGCUCACCAACACAUUCUGUGCCAGUUUGGGACAGGGGGUGCCAUCCAUGGUUGCGCUCACCACAACGAUGCCGAGUUUCUCGGAUCCCCCGGACAGUUUCUACCCGCCACAAGAGCUGCCAGGCCCCCGUUUAAGCGCCGCCGAUCCAGGAGCAAGAAGACAGGAAAAAAACGGCGUUAACGUCGUAAAGCACCGACUGCUCACUGAUGAGUCUCAGUGUAAAUUUGUGCCUUUUUUUUGUCUCCACAUUUUAGGUGAGACCAAACUGUACAGUUCAGACGACGAGAAGCUGGACCUAAAGUCAGCAGACACCGUUUGCAGCGACCGAGAGGACAGCUCCGGGGACAGCGAGAACGAAAGUUUCUCGGACGGGAACAACUGUGGCUCCUUGCACCAGAAGAGCAAACUGAAAACCGGAUCGCAGGAGGCGCUACCCACCGGCAGCUCAGCGGGAAAGAGCCGGAGGAGACGAACAGCUUUUACUAGCGAGCAGCUGCUCGAGCUUGAAAAGGAGUUUCACUGUAAAAAGUACCUUUCGCUGACCGAACGCUCCCAGAUUGCGCAUGCACUUAAACUGAGCGAGGUGCAGGUGAAGAUUUGGUUUCAGAACCGCAGAGCCAAAUGGAAACGGAUCAAAGCCGGCAACGUCAACAACCGGUCAGGAGAACCGGUGAGAAAUCCCAAAAUCGUGGUCCCCAUCCCUGUGCACGUCAACAGGUUUGCUGUGAGGAGUCAGCACCAACAAAUAGAGCAAGGCACCAGGCCAUGAACUCAGAUGAAAAUCCAAAAUAUUAACGAUAAAAACUCUUAACAGUGACUCUAUGUUCCAGUGAUAUGUUGAACGCAUGAAGCACAAAAAGGAGGAUUCUGUUACAGUAUUUUGUCUGAGAGGUGAGACUGAGCAGAGAGGAGGAAUAACUCCCAGACAGACGAAUAAUCUGGCAAUAUGCUGUGAUUUUUAUUUAUUGUUCUGUGAAUAUGUAAAUAUAAAUGGGUAAAAUGGGUACAAAUGGGCACUAUGAGAUGAGACUGUAAGAUGUUUUUUAAAAAAAUAUUUAUAUGUUGGGCCAAAAUGUUCUGUUGCUCAUGUGCAUGCCCUCAUUUGGUGACGUUAUUCUGGAUUUUUGUUUAGUGUUUCGUAUGAUUUGUUGACCACAUUUGCAUGUAUCUUAAGACGUUUUACAUUUUGUUUGGCAACUCUAGGAACCACAUUUGAAAACUAUUUGUGAAAAAAAAAGAAAAGAUGUGAAGGAAAUAAUGACCGAACAAGGGACAACUGUAAAGAAUAAUAAUAAAUCGCUUUAUAAGAAAUAUGGUAUCCACUUUGAAUCUUUAUU